AUGACGUUGAGUGUAAUUCCUCGGAGAGUGCUUGUAGAUGAAGUGAUCAAGAUUGUUGUCAACAAGUUAAUGCCUCGUCAAAAGGUGACGAUUAUAACCCAGUUAGAGGAAGACAAAAAAAGAUUUUAUUCCUAUGCGAAUUUUGAGGCGGACAGGAAUGGUGUGGUGGACCUUGGCGUUCAUCCUUCUCUGAGUGGAUCGUACACAGGCGUAAUGCCAAUGGGCCUAUUCUGCAGCAUGCUUCCAGUCCCCGGCCAGAAGAAGGGGCUUAGAUUAAUAAAGAAAGAUGUCACAACUGCAAUGACGUUUGACAUUGGAGUUUAUGAUGGGGUUCAUCAUGUAACAGGCACUCGCCACACUACACCUUUGAUGUCUUGUGGUUCAGUUGAAAGGUCGUAUUUAGCAGAGGGUGUGACCGUGCAAGAGGUAGAGCAAGGAAACAUACGAGGAAAGCUGUUUUUGCCAAAAGGUGCCGGACCAUUUCCUGGUGUCAUAGACAUGUUCGGAACUAUGGGUAAUAUCAUAACAUUCAGGUCUGCCCUGCUCGCUUCUAGGGGGUUUGCAACGUUGGCUCUUCCAUACCUGCACUACAAAGAUCUGCCUAAGUAUGACUACAUACACAUAGAAUCGUAA